AGCAUCAAAAUGCCGGUCGAAAUAUUCCAAUGUCUGUUUCUGCUGCCUAAGUAUGGCCAGCAGAACCCUCAAAAUAGACUCAAGGACGUUCAUCAAAGACCGAACAGUUAAAAUAAUUGAAAAGUUUCUGUCUUAUGAGCAGUCAAAAGUAUAUAGUUCGGGAGUUGACGGUGUUGAUAAGCUGGAAAAUUUGAACAAACAUAAACAAGGAUCGGACAAAGUUGGACUGUGUAAAACGUGUUACCGAUGGCUCAUUAAAGCGGAUAAUUUCAUCACCGAUUUUUGUGCUGGCGUAUCAUAUUAUUUAGCAAAUGAAUUUGAAGUACUCAUUGAAGGCACACAGAAGAAACUAAUUAACACCGGAAUUAGAGUAUUUGAUGAAAAAAAUCAAAUUAAAGCAGUGCUUGCACGUGGAGAGAGUAAAGUACGACUGACACUUGAAAACGAAGGCGGAUUUGUUGUAGAAAAUGAUGGUAAACAUCUAGUCUGUGAACCAAUCGAUUUAAAAUUACAAAAGGGUCCCGACAACAAAGUUGACAGAAGUCGCAGCCCUGUUAGUAAUACAAGCAGUAAUGUCAUUGAUGGAGAGGAGUUGGAAGUUUAUGACGACAUUGCCGAGGAAAGUGACAAUGAUGAUUGUCUGCGUGACACACCAGACAGGGAAUUGUCUCCAGUUAGGAAAAGAGGGAGACCUAGAAAAUCCAGCCCCGGGGUGAAUGAUAAACAACAGUUACGAGUUGUUCUAGAGAAACUGGAUGUCAAGUCUGGUAAAGCUUAUGAGGUGGAUUCAGCAAGUGAAGGAAACUCAGAAAGGGAAUCGGAUGAAGAUGGCAAUGAACCACGCAGUAGUAAAAACCUUACACAGAGUAUUGGAGGAAGAACUCGAACCAGGGUUAUUCGUAAACCCACAAAAUACACAACGCCUUUGGGAGAGAGUUUGGCCUCAGAAACACACAGAUCAAGCAGUGCUAAAUCAAGUACCAGACAUACAUCCAAAAAUGCCCAUUCGCCUUCAACACCUCACAGAGGACUGCAGUUACCCACAGUUACCCCCAAAACAGCAUUCAUGAAUUCAAUGGGAUUGAAACCAGCUGGACAACAGUCUGGCACUCCCAAAUCCCAGCUCAUUCUUUUGACUUCUCCAGCAACACUGAUAGAAAAAGAUGGCCAAAAACAACUUAUCUUACCCCCAGGAUCUACACCUAUUACCCAAGAAGUGGCUAAUCAAAUGACAAACCCUAAAUCUGUAGCAAAACCGAAAAAAGUUAAAGGUCCUUAUCCAACUAUGCUGAUUGGUCCAGGCUUUAAGGGGAAGCCGGUGAUAGAUAAAGAAAAUUCUGACACAAGAGACAUGAUGAUGGAUGACGAAGAUGCUGAUCCAGAUUGGGAUCCACAAAAUGAUGAUGAUGAUAAUUUAGUUGCCACAGCUACGACCAAGAGAAAAGCUACAGAUACACUGUUGAAAUCCGCUUUGCAAUCCAAGAUAGCAAAACUGACCCCAGAAACAACACCAAUAGGAAAGAGAUUUUCAUCCUCUGGUAAAAGGUUUGAUCUUACGAAGAAUAGGGUUGGAGCAGUUUUGAAUCAGUUGCCCAAGACUCCUCUCGUCACUAUCAAACCAAAUACCAAAAAUAAACAAUUAUGGGAUGAUCAUGACUAUCUGCGUCAGCGAGAGACAAUGAAGCCUGAGACACAGACUAGAUCUCAAACUAGAAAAUUGUCAGGUUUAAGUGCCAAAAUAGAGUCCUUAAAGAAUGCUAAUGAGGAAUCCAAUGAGGUAGUGCAAGCACAUGAACCAGAAAAUGAACAGAUGGAUGAUGUAGAUGAAGGUUUGAAUUUCCAGAAAACCUUCAUGAGACAAUUAACAAUACCAACAGUUUAUAAUAUCAAUCAAGUAAAUACAGAAUAUCUUCAGAUGAAACAGAAAGAAGCACCUGUCAAAAAACCCACUCCCCAGGAGGCUGUACCAGUCGAUUUAGAAGAAGUUCCACGAAUCUACCAGCAAAUUAUUUUCACAAGUAAAGGUCGACCGUUGAGAAUACAGGUUCGAAAGAAGAAGGCUGAGAUUGAGAACCAAAAGAAGAAAGAUGAGGAGGAGGAGGAGGAUGAAGAUGAUGAUGAUGAUGAAGAUGAUGAUGAGCUGGAGAAGACUCUAGACAAUGUUGAAGGACUGGAUAAUAUCAAAUUACCCUACAACUUGAUCCCAACAGAUUCCGGAGAUAUUGAAAUGUUUGAUGAUACAGUUGAGGAACAGCAGCCAGAGAAUGAAGGAAUGUUAGGUGGCCAUUUUGUAGCGCUCAAUGAAAAUGGAGAAGAAAUUAAAUUCCAGGAUGAAAAUGGAGAACCGAUUGAAUUGUUUGACGAAUUUGGUAAUAUGAAAGAGCUUUACACUGAGGAUGGAAACGUUCUUCAGUUUGUUGAUGAAGCUGGAGACUCUGUCCAAGCCAUCGAGGAAGAACCUGGUCCAGAUUAUAGUAACUUUGAUCCAAACUUGAAAGUAGAAAGCUUUGAUGACGUCAAUGCAUUUUUUGGCGAUUAUGAGAGUUAUGAUGCAACUGUUCUCGAUAUUGAAGAAGAGGAAUAUGUUGAUGUGCCCAUCGAAGAUGUGGGUCUGUCCGUAACAUCUAAAAAACAGACACUUAGCAAUAUCAGUUCAUCUGCGAAUACCGUACCCUGCGAAAUCUGCAGCAACUUUUUCUUGAAUCAUAAAAACUUACUGGCACAUGUCCGCAGCAAGCAUAAAAAGGACAAAAGUUUUGCGAGUUUUGAGAGUCGGAUUCGAGAAAAGUUGAAAGUGAAGUGUGAAAUUUGCGAAGAUUCAAUGGACACGGACAUCAAGUUAAUGGAGCACAUGCAGCAUGUCCAUAAAGUGGAAGCAAAACAUAAAUGUAAAACUUGCGGAAAGGGAUUCAUGGUUAAGAUCCGCCUCGAUCAGCACGAAAAGAAAGUCCAUCAUGCUAUAGACCAACUGUGUCACUUAUGUCCAGCCGUCUUCAAGAAUGCCCGGUCCUUGGAGCGACAUAUCGAGAUGCAUACAAGUGGACAGUGGGAUAAACUUGAAGAGAAAAAGAUUUGUCCCCACUGUAGAAAAAAGUUUGAUAAAAGCACGUCUCUCCAAGCUCAUAUCAAAUCUCGUCACUCAGAUCCAGGAAAAUCAAACCAGGCACCAGUCUGUCGCUGUUGGACUUGUCAGGCGGAAUUUGUUUCCGCUAAAGAGUUACGGAAACAUAUGAUAGCAGAACACGUCCUGCAUGGACACAAAUAUCACUGUACAUUAUGUAAGAAGGUUUUUGAUUCGAUGGAUGCAUUAACUAAUCACAAGUCAGAAGUACAUAGUGGUGGUAUCUCCUUGCAUUGUCCGUUCUGUGGUAUUGGAUAUAUGGCCAGACAUACUCUCAUUUCUCAUAUCUCUAAUAAUCAUUUAAAUCGUGAGACUCCAUAUAAAUGUCCCUUCUGUCCUAGUAAAUUCAUCAGAGCUGUAUUCCUUCAAAAACAUAUUGGUGUGGUCCACGACCUUGUAGCAGAAGUUGAGGUACGUAAAGGUUCCUGCGACGACCAAAACGAAGAGAAGAGCACGUCGAAGAAAUGUAUAUUUGAGAACUGCGACAAAACUUUCAUCCGUGAAAAGGAUGUGGUGGAACAUAUUCUUGACUCCCACAAAGAAGAGUUUCCACAUGAAUGUGAAAUUUGUGGACAGAGGUUUGCAAAAGACAAAUAUGUGACAAGUCAUGCACAUGCCGCUCACAAGACUAAGGCCUUUAUUGGUGCUGAAGCACCAACUGACGUGAAAGAGCCUGUUACCAAAGUUACACCUAUUUCAGUUACUAAACCUGGUCAUGUAAUAAAACCAAGAAUUGUCACCCCGAAGGUGACCACGCCAAAGUUAAGUAAAGUAAAUGUAGUACCUACAACGGUAAAAUCAACUGAAUCUGUCACCAAUGUAGCAGUGGCUUCAAUAGCUCCUCCCUCAGCAACAGCAAACAUCGUAACACAAACCAUUGAAACUCCAUCAGCCAAACGCACAAUUAUUCUGGACACUAGUCAGUUCCAAACAACACCUAAAGUUAUCGCUCGAACACAACCCCAAGUUAUUCAGCAAGUGCAAGCAUCACCCACCCUCAUCACGUCCAAAACAAUUCAAACAAGAUCCCCUGCUAAAUCAUACCCCACUGCGGUCACACGCGGAACUGCCGCUACAGUUUUGGGUCCAGGGAAGACGACAUUAUAUGGAAAUAAAAUAGUUACAGCCAAGAAUCAACCACCUGAGACAUAUAUCCAGCAAAUAGAAAUACCGUCAACAACCACCACAGAAGUACAGCCUCAGUAUCAGAUACAGACUGUACCUCAAACACAAUAUACAGACUAUGUUGUCACAAGUCGGGCCCCGGAUCAACCGCAACAAAAUGUUGACGUGGAACAAAUCGUUUAUAAUCUCAACGUUGAGACGAAUCCUCGGGCUUGGCAUUAUAGUCGUAUUGAAGAUCAUGCUGCUACCAUGACAAUCUCACAAGAGCAGACGUCUGUUAUGGCUGGUGACGCCCAAAGCUCCAUCAAUGUGGUUAGUGCUGAAGAUUUGUGGAGAAUUAUUAAUGAGAACAUUGACCAGUAAAAACAUUUAAGACAUGACAUUCUUGUGUAAAUGUUCAUCAUGGUUGGAAAUAAGGCUCCUGUCAUAGACAUUGUCAAGCACAAAUUCAGACUCUGUCGUCAAGACAAUUGAUCUGCUGUCAAAUUUUGUCCAGUACUGAUUUCACCUAUCUUCUUUAACCCAGUAGGAGCAGAACAGUAGGACGUUAAACCCCAUUUUUGAUUUCAUUUCAGGAUUGAUUUGUCUUUGAUCUGUGUUAUUAUCAUACUAUGUCAGGCACUAAGUUCAAAAUGUCAGGUACGAGUUUAAGUAGUGUUUGAUAUUUUGUUGGGUACAACUAAGACCAUUGUUUCCAAGCUAGUGAGUUUGUGUUUAAUUAAAUUACAAAGACAAAGAGGACACAUAAGGUGGAUGCAGACCAGUGGUUAUUGAUGAUAGAUCUAAGUAAUAUUUCAAUAAUUUUAUAAUUCAAUUUCAUAUAUCAUAAAAGAUAUUUAACAUUCUCAAAUUUCUUUGUCCCAAACUCAGAAAAAUCAACUGUACAGGAAUGUCGAUUUGUCAUAAGAGAGACUUUUUUUCAUGUUCCUGGAAAGACCUAAAACAAAAUCCAUAUUUUAACAUUAUCUCUUUUUUAUCUCUCAUAUCUAUACAUAGUCGUCCAUCUCAUUAUCACUUAAAAGCAGUGGAAAGAAAUAGAAUGCUUUGAUAUCAAUUGAAAGAGGCGUUAUCUGUUUAGGUUUAGAAGUCUGUAAAAAAAAAAACGAAUGUUAAAAUUUGGUGGUAAGCAAAAUUUUAGGCAUAAUCACUCUGCUAUUGCUGUCAAUUUGUGAUUCAUACAAACUUGUUUGAGCUAAAGGAACACUAAAUACGAUAAUAUCUUACUCUGGGCAGGUCAGUGUUUGAAUUUUUGGUAAUUUAUGUGAGUAUUAAAUUAAUUAUAUUGGUGUUCUUAGUAAAGAGUGGUGAUGAAAAUAAUUUGUAUUAAAAUAUUAUAAUUGUACAUCUCAGCUUAAUGAUAUUAUAUGUACAUAUGUUAAAGAUACAUUAUGUAAGAUUUAGAUAAAGUGCUAGCCAUUCUUGCUUUAGUUCGAAAAUAGAUAAUUUAAAAUGAAUAAUUUGAAAAUUUCAUUCAAAUUACUCUAUUGCAAGCGAAGAUGUUAGCCUUUGAGGGUUUGACAAGACGUGUGCAAUAAUUUCAACCACUGUACUGGCUGUUUGACGCUAGGUCUCACUCCUCCAUUUUUUUAGCUUAAAUCAAAAUAUGGCUGAACCUUUCUAAUCUAUCUAAUAUUGGAGAAAUCUGAUGCCAUCGAGAGUUGAUUAUGGCCUGGAUAAGUUAAUUAAUGUCUACCUAAAGAAAGACCUGCAAUAGACAGAUUUAGCUCUUGCAUAAUGUAUAAGUUAAUGUUUAAUUAAUUAGGAUUUGUAAAUUGUUCUUGUAUGUUUUGACACUUCAAUCAUGAUGGUAAUUUAUUCUAUUUGUUUUAUUGUUUAACUUGUAAGUAACCAUCAGUUGAGAUAUAUUAUGUUCUGUUUGGACAGAUUUUAAACUACUGUAUAGUCUGACUGUGUCACCGUUACCUACAUGUAGGUAUCAUUAAAUCUUGUGUUUUUAGCAUUAAUUUCUUUCACAUUUAUUCAAUAUCAAAUCUUUGUUUGGAAAUUGGCAAAAGUCAUCUAAUAUCACCCAAAUCAUCUGAUUUGUACUUGUGUCUAGUUUAAAUCUGAUAAUGACUGUCAAGUUUACAAGUAUUUGAUUUCCUGACCACUGGACAAUCAUUAUUAGAAUUGAACAGACAGGAACUUUUUGAGGAAUUUACUUGGCAAACAUCAAGAACGAACUUGAGACUUACUCAAUGAGUAACCAAGGCUCCUUCAUACGAAAGGAACAAAAACACUUUAUUAGUUCAUUUGGUGCAUUAAACCUCAUUUCAUUCAUUACGAAGGUCCUGUGUAUGCCAUUGGGAGCAUGUUAAAGAUCCCUCAAAAUCAAAAUAAGAGGAGUCUUAAUGCUGCUUUUAGGACAACUUUCUGUCAUAGUACCACCUUCUGCAUUAGCACGGUCGAUCCAGAAAUGUGAGAUAUUAAACCAAAUUUCAUUAUUCUGUGGUCGAAGCCUGUCCUUGAAUUUAGUUAUCUCUAUAUUAAUUUCUAAAUUCUAUAAAUAAUUUUCGUAUUUGUUAAUGGAUGUAAUUAAACGAACUCGUAGUAACUGAUAAUCUUUAAGAGGCAUUUAGUAACUGGAUAGAGCAAUCCUUAUGGAAAGCAGCAAUUUAUUUAUUUGGGUGAUGGUUCAAAAAGUGUUCUUAAGCUAAUACAGGGGGUGAGAGCAUACCAUACUCUUCGAAACGUCGCCCAAAUUAACUAGUAGCUGUUUUCUAUGCGUAAGUGUUAUAAUUGAUAUUAACUAGUGGAAUAAUACAGUGCAUGUAUUAUAAAGAAAAUUUCAAAUGAAAACCUGAAUUUUAAAUUUGCGUAGUUAGAUAUCCUGACCAGUUGUUAUAUUUAUAUUUCAUCAUUAUAAUCAGACUUGUUGAAUUAAAAAUUUUCAAUGAUA